AUGGUGGAAUUAACAGUCGAAAGCAACCCAGCUUAUCUCAUUGAAGCCAGCCAUGGAGCAGUUGCGAGUGAGAACGUGGUAUGCUCGAACAUUGGGGUAGACAUUUUGAAAGACGGUGGAAAUGCCGUCGAUGCGAUUAUCGGUGCAGUAUUCUGCAUCGGUGUCGUAAACAUGUUCUCGUCUGGCAUAGGCGGAGGUGGAUUUAUGACUAUUCGGGUACCUCCAUCUGCGAAGAACGGAUCUUCCGAAGUCUGGAACAUCGAUUUCCGCGAAACAGCCCCCGCCCUCGCAAAUACUACGAUGUAUGUUGGCAAUCCAGCUAAAGCCAUGUUCGGCGGCCUCUCAGUCGCUGUUCCAGGCGAGGUUAAAGGACUGGAGGAAGCGCACAAGCGAUGGGGAAAGCUCGAAUGGUCGAGGCUUGUUCAGCCCAGUGUCGAGCUCGCAGCUGGCUGGAAAGUGGGCGUAGAACUCGGGCGCCGAAUGAACCUGGAUAUGUUCCGCCCUGUAAUGCUCGGAAAAGACGACUGGAGGUCUAUUUUCGCGCCUAACGGAGUCAUCCUCACCGAAGGGGAAAUAAUACACCGCGCAAACUACUCGAAGACUCUCGCAGCCAUUGCGGCAGAUGGCUCAAACGCGUUGUACCAUGGCGAGAUCGCCGAAGCUAUUGUCCGCAAAGUUCAGUCCGAAGGAGGGGUGUUGAGCUUGGAAGAUAUGGCCAAUUACAAGGUCACAGUCCGAAAGGCGCUCCAGGGGACUUACCGCGGUCGAAAGGUGUAUACGACUCACGCACCGACUUCGGGACCGGUGCUGCUGCAUAUGCUGAACCUGUUAGAGACCUAUGAUAUACCUACUGAAGGACGGACCGGUCUGAAUGUGCACCGAUAUGUUGAGGCUAUGAAAUGUGAGACAAGAAUUUGUGACCCUGCUUUCAAUAACGACCCACAACGAAUUGAACAAAUUCCCCGCAAAUCGUUUAGCGCUCUAAUAUCCAAGAACUUGACCGACGACCGCACUCACUCUCCUGAUUAUUAUCAGCCAAUAUUCGAUGCUCCAGAGGACCACGGCACUAGUCACACCUCUGUCGUAGACAAAGAUGGUAUGGCAGUCGCUCUCACUACUACGGUCAAUCUCGUCUUUGGAUCGCUAGUCAUGGAUCCUGUGACAGGAAUUAUCAUGAACGACGAGAUGGACGACUUUUCGACCCCUGGUACGCCUAAUGCGUUCGGGCUCUGGCCAUCGCCUUUCAAUUAUCCUGAACCCGGGAAGCGCCCCCUUUCGUCGACAGUUCCGACGAUCAUUGAGCAUACAGAUGGCUCUUUCUAUCUUGCUAUUGGCGGAUCAGGCGGAUCGAAAAUUUUCCCUGCGGUGUUCCAAGUAAUUUUGAAUCUCGAUUGGGGAUACGAUGCUAGUCAGGCUAUCGAAUAUGGGAGAUUACAUGAUCAGCUAUUCCCAUCGUACGUCGAAGCUGACGACAUCUACCCGGGAGAACUAUUGGCAGAUCUCGAGAGGCGGGGACAUAACAUCACAAUUCUCAACGUUAACAGAGUGUCGGCAGUCGUUCAGGCAGUCAUGAAAAAGGACGGAAAGAUAUUUGCUGCGAGCGACUCCAGAAAAAAUGGAAUUGCCGCGGGAUAUUGAUGGAUGCUGUUCCAAGACGGAUUGAUACAACCUGACUCGGAUACGACAAUCAGACUGCUGACUUCCAUUGCU